GGUCCAAAAAGAACACAAAAAAAUGAAAUGAGAUUCUUUUAAUUUUUGAAUUAGAUUCUAAUUCAAAAAUAAACAAACAAUUCUGUCUAUAGGCACUCCUACAUAUAUCUUUCUAAGGAUUAUAGAAAAAAAAACCCGCAUGGGUAUAUCUGCUAAGUAAAAUUUCAAUGGGCAAAAACUUACUAAUAAAAACUGCAACGGGCAUAUCUCCAAAUGGAAUGGGCAAUUGUCCAUUUGCCCCUCCCCUGGAUACGCCGCUGGUGGCACGCUACGUUUUCAUCCAUUCACACGUUGGUCGACAGAGUAUAUCAAAAUAGUAAAAAAAGGGAUAUACUUUUCAAAGAAAGGAACUGGUUUUUCAGAAAACGGGGCGUGUGACCUGAGAAUGUUUCCAUGUUAGAAAAAAUUAGAAAAAUCCCAUAAUAUUGGGUUAUUUGUCCAAUAUAUUGGAUACAAAAUGUACUGGGCUAAUAUUUUCAAUAGUGAUUGGUACUGGUACUUGCCUAGGAAAGGUUCCAAGGUUGAAAAUCGUGUACAAACAUACUGUGUUAUAGGUAACCAAUGUUGUUGAUCCCGAAUAUCAUAGUGGUCUGAAUCCUUAGGACUGUUGUGACCUUGUUUUCCAGAAAAUAUGACUUUUGAAUGUAAAUGCUUUUUUCAUUAAAAUCAAUCUCUGAUCCUGCUAGUUUGUAGACUAUAUCGCGAUGAAAAAAAUUUGAGCUCUAUUAGAUCAUUAUCUUGGCUUCCAAAAAGAAAACUUCAAAAAGUUAUAACGUGAUCAAAUCUAAACCAAUAUAGAGCUCCACAAGUUUUUAUACAGCUCUCGACAUGCUCUACAAACUGAUGGAGUCAGAUUUUUAAUGAUAUAACGUUUUCGUACUGAAAAACCACGUUUGCUAGAAAACAAGAUCUCCAAAGUCCUAAGGACUCACGCCGCUAUAAUAUUUGGUAUCAGCAUCAUCGGUUACCAUUAAUCAUCUGUAUUUCCAAGAAAUUUUCAUCCUCGGAAGGUAAGAAGUUGGCGAAAUUUAGGAGAACUGACCGAAUUAGCGUAAUGAUUUUGACUGGAAUAAUUAAAAUUAUACGUUUAUGAGAUCGUAGUAUGCUCCUGGGAAAAGUCAUCGAAAGCACGGCUAGUGGACACUUUUGUCAAUUGAUUAUCAACUACAUAGUACUAUUCCUUACAGAUUAAAGCAGUUUUCAUUUUCUUCGCUGUUAAGGUGCACUUGAUGCUAGCGAACUAAUAUCAUAUUUUAAACGAGCUGGUAUCGAAAUUGAUCCUGCAGAAGCAAAAGAUUUCAUAGAAAAAAUCGAUACCGAUGGUUCGCUGGAAAUAUCGUGGAAUGAAUGGCGUUCAUACUUUUUAAUGAAUCCACGCAUUUUAAAUAUUGGAGACGAUCCUCGUGAUAUAGUAGAAUAUUGGCGAACAGUAGCGCACAUAAUCGAUCUUGGUGAGUCAACGUUAACUGUACCAGAAGACAGAGAUAUUUACUGGUUGCGAACUUUAAUUGCCGGGGCUAUUUUAAAAACAACAACUGCACCAUUUGAUCGCCUUAAAGUUAUUAUGCAGAAAUUACAAGGUAAAAAUACAAAGGGUGAAACAACUGGUUAUGAAAGAAUUAUUGCUGGUGGUAUGUCUGGUGUUACAGCAAUAACACUUACUUACCCACUUGAAGUAUUAAAAACUCGUUUGAUAUUACAACGUACUAGUGAAUCUAGUAAUAUGUUUGAUGCUGCAAAGAAAAUUUAUCGUGCUGAAGGGUCAAAAGCUUUUUAUCGAGGCUAUUUAUUAACGCUUGGAGUUGUUAUACCCGCUAAUGGUAUUGAUCGAAGUGUUUAUGAAACAUUAAAACAAUUCUAUAUGAAAUCACAUAAAAAUAAAGAACCAUCCGCCUUUAUUGUAAUGGGUUGCGGUGCAAUUACUGCACUGAUUACUCAAUUUGCUAUAUAUCCUAUUGCACUUAUUCGAACAAGAAUACAAGGACAACCUAUAGCACAGAUACAUGACGUCAAAGAAGAUGUACGUGUUCGAAAAAUAGCCAUCGACAUAUGGCGUACUGAAGGUAUUCUGGGAUUUUAUCGUGGUUUAAUAUUGAAUACAUUGAAAAUUGUGCCUGCUGUAUCAAUAUCAUUUGCUAUUUACGAAUAUGUUAGAAAAGGACAUUCACAUCAUAAUAAUUUUGUCAAAUAA